AUGCUUCACCAGCGGCACCUAAAAGAGUUGAUGAGCGAUCGAGGGAGGGCCAACUUUGCCCGAGGGCGAGAGCAACAUCAGGGACCGCCCAAACCACCUUCCCUAGUUCAAACCAUUCAAAUGAUAAUCGGGGGAGGCGACGACGUAUCUAUCAACAAUGUGAAGUUCACCACCACUCACAAGCUCAAGCGGUCAAUCACCCACGAACAAUAUGAUGAACUCGAAGAAAGUAUCAUCUUCAAUAAGUCGGAUACCCACAGUUUGGUCUUUCCUUACUAUGAUGCCCUUGUCAUUGCUUUACGUGUUUUUUAUAGUGAUAUAAGACGUAUCAUGGUCGAUUAUGGAAGCGGCGCGUGCAUCAUCCAUCCCCGAGUUCUCACCCAAAUGAAGCUCAAGGACAGGAUAGUGCCACGUUGUAUCACACUAACAGGUUUUAACAAUGCAAUCGAGCAGACAUUUGGAGAAAUCACGCUGCCCGUCCUGGCCGGCGGCGUCACCCUGGAGACUACAUUCCACAUCAUGGACCAAGAUACGGCGUACAACGCCAUCAUAGGCCGACCAUGGAUAUACUCCAUGAAAGUCGUCCCCUCCAAUUUGUACCAAGUCAUUAAAUUUCCCACCCCUUGGGAGUAUUCUGCAUCCGGGGAGAGUAACGCACGGCCCGAGAAUGCUACCGCAUCGCCCAAGAUUGCACGUACACCCUAUCUCGGUGGUCACAACUUUUCCUUUAAGGAGUAUCUUGCACAAACCCAAAUUGUCGGGUAG